AUGGUGCCUGCGACGCAAGCGUAUGGUAUGGAGGGCAUCGAUCGGCCGGACGGAGUGACCCCUGCGUCGCCCGCUGCUACCUUGGGCGGAACCGCUGCCUCUGUGGCGCCGCAGCCCAGAGGCGCAGCGUCCGAGUCGUGGUCACCACAUGUUCCACCAGCGGCCGGCGGCAGCAUUGGCACACCCACGACGACUGCAUCCACGUUCCCGCCAGGUGCCUCGUCCGUGUACUCGGGCAUGGGCGCCGUACCGAAUGCGACCAGUCGCAUGAUGCCAGCGGCGUCGAAUCACCCGCCUGAGCAGACGAAUGGGCCAGGCGCUGCUUUGCCCUAUGACCAACGGGCGCAACAACCUACAGGACUCGAUCCACUGUCGAAGCAGCACCAGCCCGUGCCACCACCAUCGUACCCGCCAUCAGGCCCCGUCCCAUCGGCAGUGCCGCCGUCGUCCCACAGCCCAGCGAACAUGGCGACAUCGUCAGUUCCUAUGGACGCAUCGGACUGGCAGCGAGAGCGGCCAGCCGUGCAGCCGCGCCAGCUGUUUCGCGAAGACGACAGCAUGCUGAGCUUCCCAUCUAAUCGAGAGAUCUGGCUCGCAUCGACGCUGGCACUCGCCGUCAAGCAGGGCUUUGUGCCGCCGGCACGUGUGCCGUCGGUGGACGAGGGCCUCGACAUUGAGCGAGUCGAUACGGGGCCAGACAACUCGAUGAAAGAAGCGCUCAUCAAGUCCAUGCUCUCGCUCAAGCUGCAAGCGACGGGGUUGCGAGCCGAUCUCAACAAGCAGAUGCGGAACGAAGAAGAACGCGUCGCUGCUCAAGAGCGAGCACGCGUCGCUGCGCUGCAGGAGGCAGCGUUUUACCGUGCCAAGCUGGCGGCGAACGAGAGCGGGCUCACCGACGAGCGUGCACGGCUGGAUCGGCAGCGGAUCAUCCAGCUCGAGAAGCUCGUGGGACACAUUACGCGCGAGCACGGCGAGCUGGAGCGCAAAGUAUCCAUGCUCGUGGACCAGACCAAGUUGGAAGCACGGCUUCGCCAGCUCGCAGAGGAUCGGUUGAGCGAGACCACGAAGCGCGCGCUCUCCGCCGAGGAGUCGCAGCUGAAGGUGUAUGAAGAGUACUCGGCGCUCCAGAAACACACAUACGAGACAGAGGCAAUGCUGCGUGAUCAUGCGGCCCAGAUUUCCACCCUCACGUCCCGACUCGCAGCGCAGCAGGUUGAGCGCGAUACGCUCGAUGAGCGCCUCUCGUCUGCGACACGCACGAUUGAUACCAACCGAUCCAUGCUGACGCAGUUCCAAGAGGCGCUGGCCGCCGCACAUGCACGUGUCUCGGACCAUGAAAGGCAGCACAGUGAGCAGCAGCGGCAGCAUGACGCACAGACCCAGCAGAUCCUGCAACUGCGUAACGACUUGCAGGCCAAGACAGCUGAGCUGGAGAUGAAGAGCGAGCAGCUGGAGCAGCAGUCGAGCAGUGUCACGGAGCUGGAGUCCAUGGUUCAAACGCUGCAGCGAGAAGCGCAGAAGCAUCGGGAGGCUGCGACUGGUGGCCUGGCACAGCUGCUCGCGAUGCAGCAGCACCAGCAGGCAGCAGGAGGUCUGCACGAUGCAUCGGCCGAUGGGACACGAGAAACAAACGUGUCACAUCAAUCGCACGUCCAGGCCCUGCAAGACGAGACGCAGGCUCUCCGGCAGUUGCAUGAAGAGUCGCGUGCGUCACUCGCGAGCAUGGCCACAACCCUGCAGCAGGCGACCGAUCGCAGCACGCAGCUGCAGCGCACCAACAACAAGCUGUUCGCCGAGAUCCCCUCGCAGCGAAAGCAGUUGGCAUCCGCCCUGCAUGAGCUCUCGACACUGCGUGACAAGAGCCACGCAUCACGAGCCGAGGACGAGCAACACUCACGCGCGCUCGAAGCUGCGCAGAUCGGAACCAGGCGCUGA